UGGAAAUAGCAUUGGAUAUUGAAUAUUCUGGUGGAUUCCAAAUGGCUGUUGAUGUUGAUCUCAUGUUUGGGAAAUCUGCGUAUUUGUCAAUCACCGUUACAAAGUUGGUUGGCAAAGCACGUCUCCUAUUCACCCGUGACCCUUAUACACAUUGGAAUUUUGCUUUCUAUGAGGAACCACACAUGGAGUUUGAAGUUGAGCCUAGAAUUGAAGGAAAAUCUUUCCCUCAAAUAACAUCAUUUAUAAUAAAUCAGAUCAAAAGAGUCGUCAAAAAGAAGCAUACUUUACCAAACUACAAAAUUAGAUUUCGACCAUUUUUCUUCAAACCUGAAACACUCCAUCCACAGGCUGAUUUCUAUAUACAUGGCAUUCCAUUAGGUGUUGGUGGGCUUGAGGUUAACGUAAUUGGUUGCAGUCGCCUUGCCAAAAUACCAUCAAAUGUUGCACUCUUCUGCACCGUCUCCCUCAGUUUUGCAGAAAUGAAAGGUAUAAAUAUUAAAAGAAAAACGUGGAUUAAUGUUGAUGUUGAAAUUACCAAAGGACAUAAUCAACCAGUUGGACUGUUGUUUAAAGAGGGACUUUUAACAGAGCAUGAAAGAAGAGUUGUGUGAUGAUUGA